GCGACUGCUUAGCCUGGCUUUGCCGGGCGCGCAGCCUCCAGUGCAGCUGGCUCCGGGCUAUGGACACCCCCGGGGCCCCAGCCCCGACCGCGGCUCCGCGCCCGGGCAAGAAGGAGCUGAAGAUCGUAAUCGUGGGUGACGGCGGCUGCGGUAAGACGUCGCUGCUCAUGGUGUACAGCCAGGGCUCCUUUCCCGAGCAGUACGCCCCGUCAGUGUUUGAGAAGUACACGGCCAGCGUGACAGUGGGCAACAAGGAGGUGACCCUGAACCUCUACGACACGGCCGGGCAGGAAGACUACGACCGGCUGCGGCCCCUCUCCUACCAGAACACCCACCUUGUGCUCAUCUGCUAUGAUGUCAUGAACCCCACCAGCUAUGACAACGUCCUCAUCAAGUGGUUCCCUGAGGUCACACAUUUCUGCCGAGGGACCCCCAUGGUGCUCAUCGGCUGCAAGACAGACCUGAGAAAAGAUAAGGAGCAGCUGCGGAAGCUCCGGGCGGCCCAGCUGGAGCCCAUCACCUACACACAGGGCAUGAGUGCUUGCGAGCAGAUCCGAGCUGCGCGCUACCUGGAGUGUUCUGCCAAGUUCCGGGAGAACGUGGAAGACGUCUUUCGAGAAGCCGCCAAGGUGGCCCUCAGUGCUCUGAAGAAAGCACAGCGGCGGAAACAACGCCGGGUAUGCCUGCUGCUGUGACACAGGCACAGGCCUCAAAACAGGACUAAUAGGGUCAGGGACCCAGGCCUAGACCACUCCUAGGAUUCUGCCCCGUCCCUAUCCCUGUGGCACCUGGGACCUCAGGCUGCACUCUUAGAACAUUCUGGAACUCUCUCCUUUCUGUGAACUUACCUUCGGGUUCACAGAGAGUGUAGCAGUGAUUGAGGGAGCCGGAUACAUGUCCCUCUACCCUGGAACCAGCUUUUGUUCCCAAGACUCAGGAGGGCCCUAUCAUGGUCUCCCCCUUGUUUGUCCCCCUUUGCACACCUAAUUCAUGCUUAAAACGUAGGACUUCAUGUGAGUAUGUGGGGAUUUGGCACCCUCCACACGGUGCCCCUCAAACUUGCUGCUUCCAUGUCACCCUCCUCCCUGGCCUCCCAAGAUAGGUAUGGCUGCAUCCUCCAGCCUCUUCCUUCUUUCCCCCAGACCUCCAGGGCCACCACAGGGCCAGGGCCUAUCAGGAGAACACAGGCAACAGCCCUGGAAGUGAGGCUGGCACUAGACCCUCCCUCUUCCUCUUCCUCCUCUGUCCCACACAGCGGAACUCGGCUUUUAGAUUGGGCACCAUCAUGUGUGCCCAGGGGAGAAAAAAGUGAUCUCUCAAAAGGUCAGAUGCCCUGGGUCACCCCCUGACCCCUAUUCCAGGUCUUACCUCUGGACCCUACUCACACCCCACCAGGGACUCAGGGUGAAAAGUGCCUGGGGAGACCUCUGUUCUCUCCUGGGAUUGUCUCCCAUCUUCAAGGGCCCAGGAGGGGGCCAUUUAAAUAGGCUUUCCACAUGCCCCUCACAGCCUGCUUGUAUCAGGAUGUGGAGCUCAGAACUGCUCAUCCUGGUCUCCUUCGAGUACUGACAUCAAAACCCCUGUCCAUGCAGGCCCAUAGCCUGCCUGUGUCCCUGCCAGCCAGCUGCCUACACCCUGAACCUUUCAGAAGGUCUGGGAUUGGGCAUCCAGGACUUUUUAAACAAGUGCCCAGUGGCUCUAAUGCCUGAGACAGCUGUGUGGUUGUGAGGGAACCUAAGAGUCAGUGUUGCCUGAAAUGGUACCAUGAUCUUGGCCGGCAUCUGUUCUCCCUAGUGCUGCCUGCCUCAGUCCCUUCCAGGGAAGUCAGGGUGCCAGUGAAAGAGACUUCUGAAAACCACCCCACCAGGUUCCCCAAGGCCCUGCUGUCCCCUGGGGAGUCAUCCACGGACCUCUCGUUCUCACAGAAUGCAAGGCCUUAUGGACAAAUGAUGGUUUAGGGUGGAGGUCGGCAAACUAUGGCUGCAGGCUACAUCUGGCUACCAUCUAUUUUUGUAAAUAAAGUUUUAUUGGCAUCGCCAAACCCA